AUGAUCGCACGUUCGAGUAUCAACUUCAGCGCUUUCCCCGACGUCCAUCCUAACCCUGUAAAGAGAACUGUUCAUCGCCCUGUUGAUGAUCCCGCCGCCCUAGUUCUGGAGGCCUGGUCUCAGGGGCUGAUGACGGGCUCCCUUGUAAUCAUGGCCGCUGUCACAAUUGCAAACAUGCGACCUGGCGUCUUACUGCAUAAGUUGAUCCUUUUAGAGUUGAUUCUGGCGACAGCCCAUGGAACGUUUAUCUUCGCCCCAGAUCCAGUGUAUGGAUGGUAUCUAGCCUCCACUGCGAUCGGACUGGUCUUCUCCUGGUCUUUACACAAUGUGAUUGCAUGGAUGAAAAACAGACCCUUUAUGAGCCGCGAGCUGUCACUCUUCUAUAUCGGUACCAUUGUCCUGGCGCAACCAUACUGGGCGACCGAGAUCUACGCCAACUUCGCCUACUUCAACAAUAUCAAUCUCACUGUGUACGAAAAGAUUAGGCCCUGGGAGGCAAUGUUUCGUGAUCCCUGGUGGAUUUACACGACCUGUAAUCUCUUCUGGGUGGUCAAAAAACACUAUAACUUUGGAAUCAUUGGGCUAGUGCGCGAAUGUCCCCGUUUCGGUUUGAUGCUGGGAUCAAUGUGCCUCUCGAUUGUCUUUAUCGUUGCUGACAUUCUCAGCGUGACUGGAGCUCUUUCGGCUGCCAUGCCCCUUGGAAUUAACCCCUUCUGGAAGCUGUGUUUCAUGUUCAAGUGCCUCUGUGACACUAUUAUCCUUGACGACUUCAAGACUGCGCUGGACAAGCUUAGUGCUCGAUGGAUGAUGCGACAGGAAAUGCAGGGAGUUCAUUUUCUAGGCCCCAUGGGUAUUUUACUUAAGAAUCCUGAGGGUACGGCUGGCGCAUCAUGGCCAGCAAUUGCCAUCUCGGCCUUCGUCGCCUUUGGUGGUGUUUUGUUUGGUUAUGAUACAGGGACUAUCAGUGGUAUUCUUGCCAUGCCCUACUGGCAAGAACAUUUCUCCACAGGCCAUCGGGAUGCUAGUGGUAAUCUCAAUAUUACCUCUAGCCAGUCUUCUGCCAUCGUCUCCAUUCUCUCGGCCGGAACAUUUUUUGGUGCUCUUGGUGCAGCUCCUCUGGGAGACUCUAUCGGUCGUCGAUGGGGUCUGAUUGCUUCUAGCUGGGUUUUCAUCUUCGGCGUCAUAUUACAGACAGUUGCCACUGCAAUUCCGUUGUUUCUCGCAGGUAGAUUCUUUGCUGGCUUUGGUGUGGGCUUGGUUUCGGCAUUGAUUCCUCUAUACCAGUCCGAGACCGCACCAAAGUGGAUUCGUGGAUUUAUUGUCGGCUCCUACCAGCUGGCCAUUACCAUUGGUCUACUGUUGGCUUCCGUGGUCAACAAUUCGACUCACAGCCGGAAUGAUACCGGCUCCUACCGUAUCCCGAUUGCAGUCCAGUUUGCUUGGGCUAUCGUCUUGAUUAUCGGAAUGCUGAUUCUGCCCGAGACUCCCCGCUACCUAAUUAAAAAGGACAACUUUGAAAGAGCCGCUCAGAAUCUUGCGAAACUCCGCCGUCUCCCUGGAGAUCAUCCCGCAGUCAGAGAGGAGCUUGCUGAGAUUCAAGCCAACCAUGAAUACGAGAUGAGACUAGGGCAGCCUAGCUAUCUCGAAUGUUUCAAAGGCAAUCUUGGAAAGCGGUUGCUCACCGGUUGCGGUCUUCAAGCCCUGCAGCAACUGACUGGCAUUAAUUUCAUCUUCUACUACGGCACGCAGUUCUUCAAGAACUCCGGAUUCCAGAACGAGUUCGUUAUCAGCUUGAUUACCAACUGUGUUAACGUGGCUUCAACUGUCCCUGGUCUCUACGCUAUUGAUAAAUGGGGCCGCCGACCCGUCUUGCUAUUAGGUGCCAUCGGCAUGUGUGUUUCGCAGCUUCUCGUCGCCGUACUAGGAACAACGACCACCACUCAGGAUGCCGCUGGUAAAAUUAUUGUGCUCAACAAAGCGGCACAGAAUGCCGCGAUCGCCUUCAUCUGUAUAUUUAUUUUCUUCUUUGCUGCAUCAUGGGGACCUAUUGCUUGGGUUGUUACUGGCGAAAUCUUCCCUUUGAAGGUUCGAGCCAGAUCACUUUCCAUAACCACCGCCACUAAUUGGUUAUUUAACUGGGCUAUCGCCUACUCUACCCCGUACCUGGUGAAUUACGGUACCGGUAAUGCAAAUCUGCAGUCAAAGAUUUUCUUCAUUUGGUUCGGAUGCUGCUUUCUCUGUAUUGGUUUCGUUUACUUCAUGAUCUACGAGACCAAGGGACUUACCCUAGAGCAAGUGGAUGAGCUGUACUCUGAAGUUAGCAGUGCGCGCAAAUCCGUUGGCUGGAAACCGACUGUGACCUUCAUGGAGAUUGUUGAACAAAAGGGGUCGGUCAGUCAUGACCAUGAUGAGCAACAGGUUCAGUCAGUGGACUCUAUCGCUACGGGUUUAGAACAACAGGAAGAUUCAACUGCGAACGUCGCCGGGGAUGAAGACGGUCCACCCGCAGACGAUAUCGACAACGACAGUGAUAAAUAUUCACCGUGGUACGAGGAGGACGAGAUACGCCGCACGGGAGAGAUACGACGCAUCGAACCGAAGCUCUUCAACAUGGCCACCCUCGCUGCUUUCUUUGAAAACACCACAAUAACUUCACAGGAGCGGGACCUUCUCACUGAGCUUAUGGGCGAACGUGAAAGCCAUUCUGAUGAUACCCUCCACUUGCCAAAAGUAUCCGAUGAAGCUUCACGGAAAACCACAGAAACCUCUCCUGGGAGACAUCAUCCAGGGCCCACAACGAGCGCAAAAGCAAUCCAUAUUCCAAACUGCUGGACUUUCGAAGAUUUUGAACACCUGGAGGAGGCAUUUCGUAUUGUGGCAACAGAUAUAGGGGAUAUCGAUAUGGUUGGGGCGAAACCCUCGUGGCCGGCCCUUUCAGGGAUUCCCGAGGCGGUAAACACGCACAAUCAGAAUUUUCUUCACUGCGUUUUGAACCUCAACAAAGAUGCGCAGCAAUACCUCUUAUACAACGAAUCGAAUGGAAAACAGCUUCCUAGACCGGUAGUCGGCUUUAUACAGCAAGUAGCCGACGCCUGCGAAUUUUUGCAACGCGAAACUGUAGAUAUUCUGGUCGCCAACUGCCGUAUCGGCCCUGAGCUGGCCAAUAUCCGGCAGACCCUCCAGACCAUCCAAGAACAGAGUUAUUACACUCAAUCAAAUAUACAGAAACAGAAUUGCCAGUCUUGGGCCUCCGUGGUCCGCAACGCGCCUCCCCCGGUCCAUACGAUCUCUUCUCACGGCUCCUCCAGCACCGUCCCGGCCAUUCCGUCGGAGCUCAGCAAGGACCGCGAGAUUAUCGUUAAGCUACGGGAUGCUGGUGCAGUGCGCACCUACCGACGUCUUACGGCCUCGGAUAUCAAGCAGAGAGCGGAAAUAGCAAGACAGAAAACGUGCGGCCAAAUAGGGGCCCUCUCUCUGGCCAAGGCGCGUUUUGUAGCUGCUAGACAGCUUAAAUCCGGCGAUCUGAGCCUUUCACUCCGCUACGCCGCUGAGGCCGAAGCUGCCAGGACCUAUGAUCAAUGGGUCAACCACCUGAGCGCGGGAGCCAUACUGCGGCGUCCCUCUUGGGGUAUCGUUGAGGUUCAGCAGAGCCCCCAAAUUACGCGUAUCGCGUGGCUCACUCAUCCGUCCAACCAUAAGAAUCAGAGAUCGUCCGCCCUGAUCGUGGAAUUCUUAGACCCCCGUCACGCCAACGAGGCAAUCGCACGAGGCACCAUUUGGGACAGCGUUAUCCAUAAGACAGUGUUGUAUGACCGAACUGCUCGUAUCCGACGGUGUUUUAACUGCCAACAAUAUGGUCACAUAGGAAUUGUCUGUUCGAAUAAAACAACUUGCGGGCUCUGUGGGGGCAGCCACGAGACCCGGAACUGCUCCCACAAGUCUACUAGUAGCCAGGAGCGCCGCUGUGCAGGGUGUGGAGAAGCACACGCUGCCUGGCACAAAGGGUGUUCGAGGUAUGCAGCAGAGAUGGACCGGGUUCAAGCUACAGCAGUGCACCGGCAAGCCUGGCACCGGGUCCCUCCCUAUCUGCAGGACUUUCAGUUCUCCGUACGUAGCGGUACGGAGGCCUCCAGCUCGUCCAACAGCGAGGGACGCAGCCAGCCGCACACGAGCCUCUCAGAGAGGCGUACAAGGUCCGUUAGUAGACCUGCAAGCGUUCGUAAUCGCUCAACAGUCCGAUUUCAACCGGGGUCUACGCCGCCACACGCCGGCUCGCAGGAAAUGAUUCCUACAGCUAGUGAACUCUCCUCAGAUAGAAUGGAUUUUGCUGCGGACGGAGUGGAUGCGCCCCCGCAGCCUGACCGGGAGGAAGCCGGUCAACAGAGUGAGCCGGAGAUGCCUGCUCCAGUGACCCCGAUACCUAGGGGUCGCCGUGGACGAAGGAGUGGCCUGCAGAGCGUUACCUCGUCUGAAGGAACGCGCCGGAGUGCCCGUACCCAGUCCGUAAUACGGCAGGAAGCCUCACACCUGGCUAUUAUACCAGUUGACUCACCAACCGGAGAUACACCGCCCACAAAACGAUCCCGCAGUAGAGUAGCAUACCGAGAACGAUCGACUUCGGCCAGCGAGACCCCUACUGUCUCUCUCCCGAAGACCCCGGUACCAACAACUGCACCUACCACGGCUCCUAUCACGAGGACCCGCUCAUUCCUCCGGGACCCUGCAGUUCUAGAGGCGGACCUCAUCUUUGUGCAAGAACCUUGGGAGAACCCCUACCAGGAUACCACCCACCAUCCUGCUAACGGCUCCCACCAGCUCCUAUACCCGGAUUCGACCGAGAUAGGGGACGAGCGGGCCCGCGUGUGCCUCUAUAUAUCACGCCAAAUCGAUCCUGGAACCUGGAAACAUACAGCGCAUUCGAAGGACGUCCAGGAGCUCGAGCUCACUGAUGCUGACGGCCAACAAGUGCGCAUCUUCAAUAUUUAUAAUCGACCUAACGAAGUAGAUGGCACUACUCUCGACCUCGUUACCUCCCUAACUAUCCCUACCGGCCCUACUAACAGUUCUACUAACCCCCGUUUGCUCCUGCUGGGCGACUUCAACCUCCACCACCUAGCGUGGGGGGGAGAACGCUCUGAGAGAGACCCAUCGUCUGACCAGUUGCUGGAACUGACGGAUACGAGGUGCCUGGACCUCUGGCUAGAGUCAGGCACUACCACGUGGGAGCGCAACGGAAGCAAGACCACUAUCGAUCUGGUCCUCGGCUCGCAGGACCUGACCCCCAGGCUCGUUGCCUGCGAGGUCAACGAGCGAGUCCACGCAGACUCGGACCACUAUCCAAUACGAACCCUCCUUGAUAUCAGCACUAAAACCCCCGAGGCACAGCGACGAAAGAACUGGAAAGCCUGCAGUGUCAAAGACCUGCAAAGCUUCGUGGACCUCAACCUACAGAGCAAGGCCUUUCCCUUACAAACAAAGCAGCAUAUUGAGCUCGCUAUGGAAUACCUUAUCGAGACGAUCAACCAAGGAAUCGCCACCUCCACUCCGUGGGCGAAGCCCAGCAAGUGGGCGAACCCUUCAUUCAAUGCGGAAUGCCGCGAAAUGGUCAAGAUCACCCGGAAAUUCCGGCGUGAAUACACGGAAUCAGUUAUUGCGAACGGGCCUACCGACCCCACUACAGGCCUCCGGUGGGAGCGCUAUACCAAAGUCAGGAACCGCAAAGGAAAAGUAUUGGCUAAGGCACUACGCCAGGGCCACCGUUCCUGGGUCCGCAAGGCUACCGAAUCAGGCCCCCGAGGCAUGUGGAAGGCGGCUAAGUGGGCGAGAAGUAGGGAGGCCCGCGGAGGCCUUAUACCUACGCUGAAAACAGAUGGCGGGCUCGCAGAGACCGCAGAACAGAAGGUAAAGACAUUUCGCAAAGCCUUCUUUCCCGAACCACCUCCGGCCGACCUCUCUGAUAUCCCUACGGCUCGGAUACCCCCCCAGAUCGACUUCCCGGACCUUACCGAGCACGAGGUGCUCCGUUGCAUCAGACGGGCGCCUCCCGAUAAAGCACCAGGGCCGGAUGGCAUCCCUAACAAGGUCUGGCACUGGCUGGGUGAGGUCUCCUCUUUCCUCGCUGUACUAACGCAGAUAUUUAACGCAUGCCUACGUCUUGGGCACAAUCCGGAAUACUUUCAGCAAUCGACUACUGUAGUGCUGCGUAAAUCAGCUCCCCGGGACUAUCGCCUCGCCAAAUCCUACCGACCUAUAGCGCUCCUGAAUACCCUCGGUAAGAUCCUGGAGGCCGU